UGUAUAUUGUAUGUAUAGUACGAACAGUAUCGCCUUUAAAUUAACCUCCUUCUUUACAAAUGCAAAUUAAUACGUUCUCUCGCGACGGGGACUAUAAUUUUAUCCCCAUAUAACUUUUAAGUGACGGCAGUAUUAUUUAAAAUAUCGGGAAUGCUUUAUUAUAACAUUUAAUGUCAAUGAUAUGGAUAAAAAAUAAUACGAGAUAUAUACUAUCAGUGCAUAUAAGUAUAUAAAUAUACAAAUAUGUUACUGAAAACGGGUAGACCUGUAUAAGAAUCAUUGUUUAUCAUCCAGUAAACGUGUAUUAUCAUUUUAGCAACCAGAUAAGAGUUAUUUCUGGUUAAAUUAAAAGUACUCUUCCGCAUUUAUCACAGAAUACAUAAUAAUUACAAGGUGCCACGUCAACUAUAUAGAUAAAUAUACACGGCUAUCAGCAUGGCAUCUCAGGUAUAUGAAUUUGGCGUAGAAAUGACAUGCGAAGGAUGCGCUAAUGCUGUAACAAAUGUGCUUAAUAAGAAAGAAGGUGUCAAUGAUAUACAGAUAGAUUUAGAAGGAAAAAAGGUAUUUGUAACCUCUAGGCUUCCUUCUGAUGAAAUAUUACAAACUAUUAAGAAAACUGGAAAAGCAUGCCAAUAUUUAGGAAUAAAAAAAUAAUGUUGAUUUAAUUUUGAUCAGCAAUUUAUCAAAAUUAAUAUGUAUGAUUACUAAUUUACAAGGUAUACUGGUUGUUAAAAUUCUGUUAUUUUUCAAAUUGGUAAUGAAAAGAAUGUGAAUAUUAAAUUUAAGGAUUAAUUAAAAGUUGUUUUAUAUAAGAU